UGCAUGAGAUUUCAAGGCAGUGGAUCUCGCUAUUUGUCAAAUGUUUCUCAGCUACGCUUAGUCUAGGCUGUGGCAAGUAUUUACCUGGAACUAAAGAAAAGGGAUUUACUACCCAUCCUAGUGUUCUUACGCUUUCCGAUGGAGUUGGAUUAGGAUUUCUACUAACCGGUUGUGUGUAGCCAUGGCUACGCAGGUGGGAGUAAACUCAGGUGAGGGUGGGCAGACCCCCUCUCCGGGGGCCAGAAAGCCCAAUUUAGCCCCCAAACCUCACCUCAUGCCCAAGCCUUUCACCCUGCAGAAGACACCCAUCCGUCAAAUAGCCGCUCCGAAGACCUCAGUCAGUAAACCGGCCUUGCAAACCACUGCCCCAGCCAAGCCAGUGCCAACCACUACCCCAAAGCCCACUCCGAAUGUCCCAGCAAAGCCAGGCCUUUCCAGUAGCUCUCAACUAGAGGCGAUUGCUUCCACUCCAGCAGUCAGUCCUAAAACUACUCCUGCUGUGGCGGCAAAACCAGACAAAACCAUUUGCGAUCCAGAUGUUGCGUCUCAUGCUACUCCAGAAGCCACUGCCUCAAAGCCUGAACCAGCAAGCCUUUCAAAAACUCCCCCACCUGUGGCUCCAAAGCGCACACCUGUCGUGCCAACCAAACCAGACCAGGCUAACAUUAUGAAGCCAGACUUACCUAAAAGUAAUGAUAACAGUAAAGGUAGUACGGUCUCCACAGAAGAGCUGAACCUGCCAAAGACCAAUGAUGUUGGCGUAAAGCUAAGAAGCAAGCCUAAGUCUAUAGGUAUCUCAGAUCGUCAACAGCACGAAGAGGCUCUGAAAGAAGGUCAGGGGCCUGACAAAGCUGAAUCUAUCUCCAGUCCAACCACAGAGACCUCAGACGGCAAAGCCAACUCUCGAUGGCCCAUCCGGAAGCGUCUUUCGAUGGAGCUGACCUCCAGGUUCGAGUCCCUAUCCGUCCCUCCAGCAGUUCCCCUUCGGCCGAGCAAGGACAACAACCAGGAGCGGUCGGGCAAAAAUGAGCCGAUCUUUCCUCCGGGAGGACUCAAAGACCGAGGAUCAGAUGCAGUCCAGACCACUCCAGAUGAACCGGAUCAGAAGCCCAAACCCACAGUGGUGCCCCGGAGAGAGUGGAGGAAAAGCGAAGAGAAGGAAAAUGAAAAAGAGAAAGAGAAUGAAAAAGAGAAAGAGAAAGAGAAAGACAAGGAUGAAUCCAGCGGCGGCUCCAUUAAACGGCGGAUCAGCAUGCUGCUGGACUCCUCGGCCGCCUCCCAGCAGCGAGAGUCCAGCAAAAGAGAGGAGCAGCCACCACCAUCACCUGCUGAGAUCUCUGUGGAUGUCAAGCAGAGAAUCAAAGAGCUGAAAUUGGAUAUUGGAGUGUCAACAGACACCACAAGAGGCUCUCCAUCCCAGAGACCAUCAGAGAAAUCCCCCAGCGGGUCUGCAGAGCUGACAGCAGAAGGAGACUCGGCGACAGCCCCGGUCCUGGUGGAGCACGCUGUCAACAGUGUACCUGCCGUAGGUGUGUGUGCGGUCAGUGAGAGUGUGGCCUUGGCUCCUCUGGAAGACAGAGCCCAGACCCUCCGCCGCUCUGGAGGGCCUGGUGUGCUUGCAAAGCAGGAAGAGGAAUCCUCUGGAGAGGAAGAGGAGGAAGAGGAAGAAGAUGAACAGGUAGAAGAGGAAGAGGAAGGCACAGGGUCCAGCCCAAUGCCUCUCUACCGAGGUCUCUUUGAGAGCCAGCUGGAGGCUGAGAAAGACACGGAGCGAGAGGAGGAAGAGAAGGAGCGAGAGGAGGAGAAGCUCAGGCUGGAGAAAGCGAGGGAGAAACAACAGGAGGAAGAGCUGAAGAAGCAGAGAGAGGAGGAGAAGCAGAGAGAGUGGGAGCGAUUGCAGCAGGAGCGAGAGAAACAGCUGGAGGAGGAGAUGAGGAGACAAAAAGAGGAGAAAGAGAGGGAGAGACUGAGAGAGAUCGAACAGGAAAGAGAGAGGGAGAGAUUACGGCGGGAGAAGGAACGUGAAGAGGAGGAGAAGAGGAGAGAGAAGGAGGAUGAGGAGAGAGAGAGACUCCGAGAGGAGCUAAGGAAAAGAGAAAUGGAGGAAGAGAUGGAAAGGCAGAAGAAAAAGGAGGAGGAAGAGAGGCUAAAGAAAGAGGAGGAGGAAAGAGUGACACUGGAAAAGGAGAGAGAGAGACAGAGAGAAGAGGAGGAACGAAUAAGCUUGGAAAAAGAAAGACAACGGCAGAGAGAAGAGGAGGAAAGGCUUAGGUUGGAAAGAGAUGAGGAAGAGGAGCAGAGAAGACAGAAAGAAGAGGAGGAAAGAAUAAGAUUGGAAAAGGAGAAGGAACGACAGAGAGAAGAAGAAGAAGAAAAGCUUAGACUAGAGUGGGAGAGGGAGAGGGAGAGAGAGGAGGAGAUGAGGAGACAAAGAGAGGAGGAGGAAAAAAUAAGGAUAGAAAAAGAGAGGGAGAGACAGAGAGAGGAAGAAGAGAUGCUGAGGCUGGAAAAAGAAAGGGAGAGGCAAAGAGAAGAGGAGCGAGAGAGAGCAAGACAGAAGGAGGAGGAAGAGCGACUAAAACAGGAGCUAGAGAGGGAGAGACGGAGAGAAGAGGAGCUACAGAAACAAAAAGAGGAGGAAGAAAGGAUGAGACUCGAACAAGAGAGAGAGAGACGGAGAGAGGAAGAAAAGUUGCAAGCGGAGAGGGAGAGAAAAGAGGCAGAAGAGAGAGAGAGACAACUGGGGAGAGAAAUGGAGAGACAAAGAGAGGAGGAAGCAAGACAGAGGGAGGAAGAAGAACGACUGAAGAGGGAAAGGGAGAGGCAGCGAGAAGAGGAAGAGAGGCUUAGACUGGAAAAAGAAAGAGAGGAGGAGAGGAAGCGACAGCAGGAACAGGAAGAAAGGGACAGGCUCGAAAAAGAGAGGGAGAGACGGAGAGAGGGAGAGGAACGACUUGAGAGAGAAAGACAGCGACAGAGAGAGGAGGCAGAGAAGCAAAGACUGGCCGAAGAGCAGCAGAGACAGUUGGAGGAAGAGAGAAAGAAGAAGGAACAGGAGGAUAGAGACCGGGCCCUUGAACAAGAGAAAGAAAAACAGAGACGGAGGGAGCAAGAGAAAGAGAAAAACACAAUGAAAGAAGAAGAGAAGCAGUCAGCGCCAGUAAAAGAGGAGGUUGCAACAUGCAAUGAUUUGAUCAGUUUUGACAUGGAUGAGCCACCGUCCGCUCCAGCAGCCCAAUCCGUCCCGUCCAGUGCUGCUUCCCACACUGCCUCCCAGCUGGAGCCGGAGGUCACCUAUGAUAACCACUCAGUGGGGACGUUCCGGAGGUGGGGCACCAAACCCAGACCUUCACGCAGACUCCACCAGGAUGAGAGGCCCUCUGCUGGGCUCGAGGUCUCUGUGGAUGGAAGCCCCCUGGAUGAUGGCCCACAGAAAUCAGAUGUGGAGCCUUUAAUUGCAGCUGAGCCACGUGCUCCAGAGCCAGAGCACCGGCAGCCCACCCUGGCGCCCUCUGCUCAGGAGGAACAGGAAGAAACCAAGGAAAAGCUCAAAAGUGCAGUGGAUGAGUCCAGGGUGCAGGACACUGACGCUUUGAUACCAGAUUCCGAGACCCAUGACGACACCCACGAGCCAGACAAUAGCCAUACUGCUGAAAGAACUAAAUCUCCAGAGAUUGUUGUGCCUGAGGACACAGUCACUGAAGAUGAACCUGAGGCUGAACUUGAGGCUGAACUUGAGGCUGAACCUGAGGCUGAAGAUGAAGCUGACACUGUUGACAAUGAUCUUCCCUCAGAGCCAGAGCUCCCUCUCUUCCCUGAGGUCACGGCGCCUCUGCUGGACUCCACUGUUCUGCGCUCGAGGGUGGAGCUGGGGAAGAGAAGGAGCACACGGACACGGCCACCGAAAGCCAGUCGCCAGAGCGCUGUCAUGCCCACAGUACAGGAGGCCUCCGCCCCUGACUGGAGGUUCUGUGACACUGCAGAUGGAAAAGUGCCUUCGACUAAAGAGGAAGAGUCCAGCUCUGAGGAUGAGCAGCCUCGAGAGAAAGAGGCCAUACCUCCCCCCUCCCAACCUCACAGAGUCGCCCUGCCAGGAAUGGAUGCUGCCUCCCUUAAGGCUCGUCUGUUUGGGAGCAAGAGACGAAGUGGGGAUGGAGCAAAAGAUGUUAAAGUGCCUUUGUCUAAAGAGGAGGAGUCCAGCUCUGAGGAUGAGCAGCCUCGAGAGAAAGAGGCCAUACCUCCCCCCUCCCAACCUCACAGAGUCGCCCUGCCAGGAAUGGAUGCUGCCUCCCUUAAGGCUCGUCUGUUUGGGAGCAAGAGACGAAGUGGGGAAGGAGCAACAGGAGGGAAAGGAGGAGGAGGAGGAGAUGGAGAUGGUCAGAAAGACGGACCCUCCCCAUCACCCCCAAUCCCAGCUGCCCGCUCCCCCCACGGACCCCGAGUACUGCCCCCUGUGGGAGCGAAGGAGGGCGGGGCCAGCCCCUCACCACUGUGGCUUAAGGAGCUGAAGUCCAAGCAGCGACUGAGCCAGCAUGGUCAGCCUGACAUCGAUGCGUAACCUGGUCCAACAGGAAGUGACAUCAGAAGAUGGUGCCCUGCUGAAUCCCAGAUGACACCGAUGCUGCUGCUGCUAUCGCUGAGCUUCCUUCCUGAUAGCCAUGCACCGUACCUUCUGGAAUUUUCUCAUGAAUUGACCACACAUAGCAGGACAGAGGUUGGGGGUGGGCGACCUCCUCUUGCUCAAUGCCAUCAGUGGAUCCCUGGGUUUGUGACCGCCGGGUCAAAAGGGAUUCAAACUUGAAGAGACUUUACCAUCCAAAAGGAUUGACUGAGGUGCUGACACAACACAACACUAUGCUAAAGGAGGAGAAGAGAUGUGGAUGCAGCAAAGACCACAUAAGACCACUUUAGUCUUCUUCAAGAUGCACUUUAGGGCGAUGAGACCACAGGACUAAGUGCCUCCAAACUGAGUUUGGUUUUUUUAUUUUUUGUAAUCCUGGAUCGAAAAAAAAUAAUUGUAUAUGCUUUGUGAUGACUAUGCAUUAAGCAAGCAGGUAAACACCACGUCAAACCUCUGUAUAUUUGCAGAUCUUCACCAUAGAAUACAUAUUAAUCACUCUCUUUGUUAUGUUCACUUGCUCUUGUUGAUGUACAUACACAUUCCCAUGUCUGUUGAGAAGCUAACGCAAAUGAAUGCUAAAGCUAAUUCCGUCUUUUCCUAUGUGCCAGUAAGAGGCCUUCUGUACCCAGUGUUUCUGGGUCUCUCAGUCUUGAGACUGAGGGGUGCAGGAUGAGGUAGCCUCAUAUCUGAUCCCAGGUCAGCUAUCCACAUCCUGCUAUGCCAAAUGGAGACAGUCAGACAAUCCCCUGUCCCAUUCGCUGCCAUUAUCUGUGUGUCUUGCCAUUCUAUUCCAACCAGUGCCAACUGCCACCGACGCUGGCACUGAUGCAAUCGCUCGGCACACCCGUGGCACCACUCUUAAUCCAGUUUCCAGAACCGCUGCAAUGCCACUGCCAUGGCGUGAGCACUUUUGUUAAGACUUCUGAUUGGCCACCAUGAAAAUGAUUCAUUGUAAUUUACAUCAAUCCAACUCGUUUGAUGACUGAGUGAUUAUGGAUCAUGGAAUUGUUUUUACUUGUCUUUUUACUUUGCUAACUUCUCUGAGUCUGUCAUUUUUCUGCAAAGCUAUAUUUUUUCUGUCAAUAGGGAGACAUUUUACAUAUGGAUGGGUAAUAUAUGUAUUUUAAAAAGCAAUCAUGGGAAUUCUCUAUUAAAAUCAUUUUGAUGGGGA